GUCUAUCAUUUUUUUUUUCAACUUCAAAGUGUAUCUCAAUCAGCGUGGAUUGUCGGAACCCGUGCGCAGCAACUUUUGCCUCGAGAGCAAUUUUUCUGACUGGAUGUUCUUCUCUUCUAUGUGAGAAAAAAUCCAUCAACGCACGGGUGCGGGUGCCACCCCACUAAUUCGUGAUUUUACAAAAAGUUGUUGGUACGUACUGGUACAUCGUACCUCCUAAACAACAACGAGUAAUAUUACAGCGAAAAUUACCAUCGGCUCAAUCCGAUGUUCUCACGGUAAAAUCCACAUAAAGAACUAAGAUUGAAUCAUCAACGUAAUCGAAUCCGUCCAAAGGAAUCUUGUUCUGUACAGCACGUUGACCCCCAUUUUUUCUGUUCCCUCUAGCGAAGUACCAUCUACAGAGAUGAUACCAGAAACGAACAAUCAUCAGUCCGUUUUAUUCUCAUAAAUUUCAGCGUUGUGCAACAAUUAACUUCACGUUCCUCUCGCAUCGAGAUUGACAAACAUUAUGCCAAAGUCCGCGAUGAUUCGCCGCCGUCGACUCCUCGAUGACUGCAGAGGAAAGAGUAGCGCUAGUAGCAAUAUGAUCCUUAUCAUGGCAGCGAUAUUAAGUAUACUGAGAUCUACCGCCGACGCUUUUCAAUCACCAUCGGUGGGGAUGCAAACGAGAACGUGCGAGUUUGUAGCAUCUUCCAAACGAAGAAAGUCCAAGGGCUGGGUGGCAUCAAUAGGAACGUCUUCGUUGCACGUACUCUCRAGCCCUAGGCGAAGGACAUCUUCUACCAGCAGUAGCAAUAUCCCAUACCCCAUCAUCAACUUCCAGGGCAAAAACCCACUUCUGAUUGAUGUUCAGAAAACCGCCAUCGGUWGGGACGAACCGUCUACGCUGUCGGUAUCAACCCAAGCGGUACAAAUACCCGUGGUUUCAAAAAUAGCAGCGGCUCUCCAACCCCUCAUAGAUACUGAGAAAAAAAAGGCAUCCCACUACGAACGGAUUUCGGGAACUGCGUCCACGAGCACCUUGUUCCGGGCCAAGAACAUGCAUGCCAUGGUGUAUCCAUCUCCGUCGGCUAUCUCAAAAGAAACAAUGGACGAAGCACGAACGAGAAAGCGACAAUCGGUCACUGAGGUGAAAACGGUCGAAGAACUCGAUCGCUUUUGGCCCGAGAGCUCUGACUACGAAAAGGGUCGAGGGGAGGAAUGUUCUUUGGAUGAUGUCGAUGAUGAUUGCAUCGAUUACCCAAAUCUCCUCAGGAGCAUCUCGGUCGAGGGUGACACGCAACGGAUUGGCUCGAGAGACCACCUUGACUUUGUCCAUCCCGUGGUCAAGCUUAUGCACGAAAGGAAACGAGAGGGAAAACAAGGAGCAGUACAGAACAGGAGAAUGAACUCUAGCAGUAGCAGUAGCAACGGCAAAAAAGAAAAAAUUGCGUUGGUAGUCGAGGGCGGUGGAAUGCKGGGAUGCGUCAGUGCCGGCAUGGCAUGUGCUAUCCAUUGCCUAGGACUCUCCGACACCAUUGACGUGGUAUAUGGGUCAUCGGCUGGGGCCGUGAUCUCUGCCUACUUUGUCUCCAAGCAGCUGCCCUACUUCGGCCUCGAGGUCUACUACGAUGCACUKACCACCAUGGACAACAACCACAGUUGCAAAACGAGUCUGAAGAAUGCAGUUGCACAGAGGAAAGAAUCCAUCGGCGAAAAUGACCAAGUCGACAACUCAAAUGAUAGAGAUGCGAAUGACCUCCACACGAUUGAUCGCUACCGAAACAAUUACUUUCUAGACCCGAAGCGAAUGACCCGUUCCCUUGGACUGGGGCUUUGUGAUCCACGACUCCUGAAGGAUGUCUGGACAAGACCACUUCAUGGCAAGCCAAUGAUGAACCUCCACUACAUGUUCGAAAGCGUAAUGCAGAAGCGAAAACCACUCGACUAUGAAACUUUUAUCGAACGCCAGAAAAUCCAACCCCUUAAAGUGGUUGCAACCGGUCUGGUGAGUGAGAAGCCCUUCAUCUUGUCACAGGAGAAGGGUCACUUCGACACCUUCGAUGACCUCUGCCAUUCCCUCCAUGCGUCAUGUCUCUUGCCUGGAAUUGCCGGUCCCGUCAUGAACGUAUUGAAGAAGAAGAGCGACUGUGACGAUGAUCGGCAAAAGCCUAACUUUUUUCUACGCAAUAUGCAGAGAAGAAGCAUUCGCAACGAUGACUACGAGCCCCUCGCAGACGCAAUGCUGUCAGCACCAAUUCCCUACGAUAUCGCUCACGAAGAGGGAGCGACACAUGUCUUGGUGAUACGAUCGUCACCGGACGGGACCAAUCUGCUCGAAAUCCCGUCGAUUGUGGCAUGGAUGGGGUCAAGGAUCUACAAGCGAUUUUUCCUUAAAAAGAACCACCUACCUGGCAUGUACAAACGUUCACAGACAGAACAACGCCACCAACGAAYCUACGCAAAGACAAUUCUGGAGUUGAACGAACGGGCUAACAACCCUCAAAAAGACCAAGAUAAGACCAUGACAAUUGCCCUCGAGCCGGGUUCAGACGAGGUUUCCCAUCUUGAAACAACCCGAGAGGGGAUCUUUCGGGGCGUGCGACUGKGAUUUGCACGAGCGUAUGAUACCCUGGUGGAAGAUCCAGAGUUGCGCGGAAAGGGGAAAGAAAUGGCCAUGCGUAUUUUCCCAGAUGAGAUACUCGAUUAUGAUCCAAAUCAAUAUGCAUCGCCUACACAGUCGAGCUUUGAGCAGUAUCUUGAGUCUUCUGGAAUAAUGCCCAAACUAUGGACAAAGGAGAAAGGSCCACCAAURUUAUAGUCUCCAUUCGAACAGAUCAAUCGUGUCUGCAAAGUCCUGCCCUACCUUGCUAUAAAAAUCAAUAUAUUUCCAUAAC